GUCAUGACGCGACACCUGCUAAUUUGAUGGUCGCUUGCUCUCGCAGAAUAAACCGCAUAAAUCGCCGAAGCGCUUUUCUUUCUUUCUUCAGUGAUUUGCUUUGCAAGUCCGCAGGUACGGUUUUCCUCUUAUUGGUCGAGCGGUAUGCUGAUUUGAGAGACAGAGACGGUUAGUUUGCUCCCAAACCCCGUCAGUCUGUCAGUGGUCUGGAAAUGCCAAAGCGCCUCCUCGCUGCUCGCGAGCUCACACACACAAAGCAGAAGGUUCCGGUGGCGCGAGCUGGAACGAUCCACCGAUGCCGCAUCUUCGUUUAGGUGUUUAACUGCUCCUUAAAAACGUCGAGGAGAAUUCCUUAUCCUCAGACGUUUCUUUUUUUUUUUUUUUUUUUAGGGGUUUUUUUUUGGGUUUGCGGAUUUAGACACGGGAUUGUUUUGUGAUGGGUGGUGGAAACGAAUCGCGGAUUUUUUCUCUUUUAAUAGAGACCAAAGUGAGCAGAUUUCCUACUGUUGAUAGUAAGUUUUAUCUUGAUAGGAAGCAAACGGAGGAACAGAGGAUUAUUUAGGGGCAAAGGAUACUUACUCAAGAGAAUAGUACUUUUCACACACAGUUUUCCCAACAGAUAGUUGGUUUUCUGGUCCGCAACAUUGGAUUUUACAUUUUGUUUGACUGACGCAGGAUCGUUUUGGAGUAUCUUAUUUGGAAAUUUCUGUGCUUUUAUUCUACAUUUCGGGGAAGAAACUACAUCUUAUAAACAAGAAACCCGGAUGAGACGAAGUUAUGGAGAUGCAUAUGAAAUAAAACCUGUAUCCCCAGGCCAAAUGACCGCUAUCAUCUGUUCUCCGAUCUGACCACUCUAUUUAUGACAUGGAAAAACGGGGACUCCACAGCGUCCUUUAUUAUUUCAUUCUGAAUGCGCCCCUGCUAUUCUGUGUAAAUGCCACAUUUACUGAAGUGCCCAAAGAUGUGAGUGUCGGUGAGGGCGAGGACAUAGAGAUGCCAUGCGCUUUUCGAGCCGUCGGAGUCUCGCCGUUCUCUCUGGAGAUUCAGUGGUGGUACCUCAAGGAAGCGGCUGCUAAAGAGCUCGCUCACGAACUGCAGAUUAGCGCUCCGGCCAACAGAGCCAAGGUUGCCCACCGGGACGCCACGAAAAUAAGCACGGUGAGGGUCCAGGGCAACGCUAUUUCCCACAAGCUCAGCCUAUCGGGUGUGCGGAAGGAGGACGAGGGAGUGUAUGAGUGUCGGGUUUUGGACUUGUACUCUGAUGAGACUCAGGAAUACAAGGUGCAGGCCACUCUGCGCGUGACACCGCGCGAGGGAAUGCUAGCCGAGGAGGCUGUAUCUCACAUCCAGAACCGAUGGCCACUGAGGAACAGCAACACAGCGACGGGUGGACGGGCCACUUCUGAGCCGGGCCAGGGUCAGGGGAAACCCCGCGUGCCUCCGCCAGUUGGAAUAGGACCCGCUCCUCCUUCAACGACUACAACGGGCUCUGCAGUCAAGUCGUCGGCUUCGCCUCGGCCGGGCAAUUCAUCUAUCCUGAGACAACAACACGGAUCCGGUUCUGGAGCCAUGGCAAACACUGAGCCACUCCUUUACGUCACUCUGCUGGUCCUACAUAAGCUCCUCCCCUUCCUGUUUGCCUGCUAAGAGACAAACAGCUCCCAAUGAUCUCACUUUAUGUACCAAACGACAAAGGGAAA